AUGGUUGGAUUAUAUAAUCCAUAUAUCAUCACUCAAAUUGAUAAUGGAAAAAUUCAAUUCAUAUCUUCAUGUAUAACGAAUACAUUGACUCCAAUUUGGAAUGAGCAAUGGUUAGUAAGAAAUGUUCCUCGAACAGCAAAACUCUCAGUCAGAUUAUUUGAUAAAGAUGAUAAUACAGUCAGUGAUAAUUGCAUUGGGAAUUUUGAACUAGCUCUUCUGCCAACAAAUCAUCGAUCAAUCGAAAUCAGAAACAGUCUUGGCAAAGUGCAAGGAACAUUUGAAUUGAGUAUUAAUCGUUUAUCUUCAUCAGUUGAGACACGAAUUCUUCGUCCAUACACGUUUGAUGGUCCUGUUCGUUAUUCUCGUCACAAUUCAUUGACACUUGGUCAUUCAGUACAAGUGAAUGAUAAGCGACUUUACACAACUUGGGAAAUUUAUUUAAAACGAAUCGAUUAUUUCCUUAAGCCGAAUGAGAAACAACAAUGGAAUCCAUUAUAUAAAGCAGCACAAUUGAUAUUCGAAGGACCAAUGUCAUUCGGUAUUCAAACGUUGAUGAAACGUGCACAUCAUAUUCUCUAUGCGAAACAUACAACAGAUCAAUUUGGUAUUUUAAAUUCUAGUGACGAUCUUCGCAGAAUUAAAUGA